AUGUACAAGCGAAGGGAUUAUGUGGAUCUUUAUGAGAAGGACCAAGCAAAGUGGGCGCUCAUACGAAACGUCAACACCGUGUUUAAACACAGCACUCUUUUGCCGGGGGACUAUGUGUGGUUGGACCUUGCGACCGGGCGGGAGUUUGGGGUUCCCAUUGGAGCGGUGGUCAAGCUGUGCGACUCGGGUCAAAUUCAAGUUCUGGAUGAUGAAGGGAAUACGUACACAGGGUCCAUUCUGGUGGCAGUGAACCCAUACCAGCUGCUGCCUAUCUACACCCCUGACCAGAUCCGCCUCUACACCAACAAGAAGAUAGGGGAGAUGCCUCCACACAUCUUUGCCAUCGCAGACAACUGUUACUUCAAUAUGCAGCGAAACAACAAGGACCAGUGCUGCAUUAUCAGUGGGGAGUCGGGGGCGGGGAAGACGGAGAGCACCAAGCUGAUCCUGCAGUUCUUGGCCGCCAUCAGUGGGCAGCACUCCUGGAUAGAGCAGCAGGUGCUGGAGGCUAACCCCAUACUGGAGGUUGGUAGACCAAACGCCUGGAUCGGGCAGCAGAUUGUGGAGGCCAAUCCCAUACUAGAGGCGUUUGGAAAUGCCAAGACCAUCAGGAAUGACAACUCCAGCCGCUUUGGGAAGUACAUCGACAUCCACUUUAAUAAAAGAGGUGCCAUUGAGGGAGCUAAGAUUGAGCAGUACUUGCUGGAGAAGUCCAGAGUGUGUCGUCAGUCCAAGGAUGAGAGGAACUACCACGUGUUCUACUGCAUGCUGGAGGGCAUGUCUGCCGACCAGAAGAAGAAGCUGGGGCUGACCAAGGCCACAGACUACCAGUACCUCACCUUCGGAAACUGCACGGUAUGCGAUGGACGCAACGACCAGAAGGAGUACUCCAACAUCCGCUCAGCCAUGAAGGUCCUGAUGUUCUCCGAGACAGAGAACUGGGAGAUAUCGAAACUGCUGGGGGCCAUUCUGCACAUGGGCAAUCUGCGCUACGAAGCUCGCACAUAUGACAACCUUGAUGCCUGUGAGGUGGUGCGCUGCCCACACCUUAACACCGCUGCCAUUCUACUCGAGGUGGACAUGAAAGACCUGAUGAACUGUCUGACCAGCCGCACCAUCAUCACCCGCGGGGAGACCGUCUCCACCCCGCUCAGCAUGGAGCAGGCUCUGGACGUGCGAGAUGCCUUCGUGAAGGGAAUCUAUGGCCGCCUGUUUGUGUGGAUCGUGGAGAAGAUUAAUGCAGCCAUCUACAAGCCGCCUUCCUCCCAGCCCAAAGCACUGCGCAGAUCCAUUGGCCUGCUGGACAUCUUUGGUUUUGAAAACUUCACAGUAAACAGCUUCGAGCAGCUCUGCAUCAACUUUGCCAACGAGAACCUGCAGCAGUUCUUCGUGCGCCACGUCUUCAAGCUGGAGCAGGAGGAGUACAACCUGGAGCACAUCAACUGGCAGCAUAUCGAAUUCACCGACAACCAGGAUGCCCUGGACAUGAUCGCCGUAAAGCCCAUGAACAUCAUCUCCCUCAUCGACGAGGAGAGCAAGUUCCCAAAGGAGCUGAUGGACUGA